GUUUGCAAUCCACUGAAGAAGUCAAAAAGAAGAAAAGUACCUCACUGCAGAAAUGGACACCGCUGACCAGCUCACAUCUACAGGGACAUUUCAAGUACUCAAAUUACCUCUGGGAUUUAUCCGGGUUCUGGAGUGGCUCUUUGCCAUUUUUGCAUUUGCAACAUGUGGAGCCUACACUGGACAGCUGAGGGUCAGCGUGGACUGCAUGGAAAAGGCCAGCAGCAAUCUCAGUAUCAGCAUCGACUUUGCCUAUCCUUUCAGGUUGCACCAGGUUUCCUUUGAGGCUCCUCUGUGUGAGGGCAUGAGGAGAGAACGCCUUUUCCUCACUGGAGACUACUCAUCUUCUGCAGAGUUCUUUGUCAUUAUAGCUGUCUUUGCUUUCCUCUUUUCUCUCAUGGCCACUAUUGUCUACAUCUUCUUUCAAAAGAAGUAUCAUGAAAAGCGAGGUCCGCUCAUUGACUUUGUGGUGACAGUCAUAUUCUCCUUCAUGUGGCUGGUCAGUUCUUCUGCAUGGGCUAAAGCACUGUCUGAUGUCAAAAUAGCCACUGAUCCAGACGAGGUACAGCUCCUCAUCUCUGCCUGCAAAGAUCAGACCAAUAAAUGUGGUUCUGUGCUUGGGCCGCGCUGGUCUGGACUCAACACCUCAGUGGUUUUUGGGUUUCUUAACUUUGUUUUAUGGGGGAACAUCUGGUUUGUCUUUAAGGAGACAGGUUGGCACAGAGGUGGUUCAAGGUACGCAGGCAGGGCAUCUGGGAAACAAGGUGGCACAUUUACCCAGCAGCCCUACAACCAGAGCAGCUUUGAGCAGUCAGGAAACUACAACACACAGGGGAACCUCGAUCAGCUGUCUGAGUAUAGGCAGGUGGGAGGACCAACGUCUUACUCCAAUCAGAUGUAGUUUUUUGGACGCCAUCCGUAAAUGGCGAUAUAAGU